AUGGCCCACUCCAGAAAUCUAACUGGAUCGAAUAACAUAGACUUGGAUCCAAAUGAGCUUCCCAAUAACAACAAUCCAGACUCUCAGAAUUACACUACAUCAAAUCCAUUUAGCGAUAGUAACGUCAACGACCAUAAUAACCAUAAUAACCACAACAAUAUCGAUGAUGGCCCAAUAUCCAUUAAUUCUUCUGAUUCCUUGGAAACUUCAAUUUCUCCAAAUAUCCUACAUUCAAACGAAACCAUCAACGAUAUCAACCUCAAUAACAAUCUCGCUAAUCCCAAUGCUACUAAUAAUAACGUAAACAACGCUGUCAAUAAUAUAGCUUCAAAUCACCAACCCAACACCUCUGAUAACUUUAACAACAACAAUAAAAAUAUUAUUAUUGAUAACAAUAAUAUUGCGAUUCUCCUUUAA